AUGUUAUUAAGCCAAACGAUAAAGUUGAUUAUUUUGUUCAAUUUAGCACCGAUGUUAAAAUUUUUAAAACCUCAAUGUUUCUACGUGUUUCCAUGCCAACCUGCUUAUUUUCUUGUUUACUAUAUUCGAAUGUGUGUCUAUGUUUACAUUCAUUUGGCAGAACUGGUGAACAUAAUGAACAGAAAAAUGAAGUACGAUCUACCGCACUGCUCACAAACGUGGUUGAAAUUUCCUCUUAACCAAAUAACUGGCAAUGAGACAAGUUUCAGUUGGUUGAAGGAUGGUUCCUUCAUGGCCGUGUGUUCCGAGCCAGCGGACAUCAUCAUGAUAGUUAUGUCAGACAAAGAUAUUGAAAUAAAAUGGUUCAAAAAAAGUGCAAACAACUCAUGGAUUUUUACUUGUCUCAAAGAAAUGAACGUCGUCUUUCCUAACGAAGAACACUUCAUUGAGCUUGUCUUGCAGUACGAAGAGCAAGAAAUCUUUUCUUCUCCCGAUGUUGACACGGUAAAGGUCAAAUGCUCAAUUGACGUAUCAACGCAGAAUAUUCCAUCAAUUAAAUGUCUAAAUUGUCAAAAAGAAACCAUUUACGAUUUGACAGCAAAAACUAAAUUUGAAGAAUAUAAACCGCAAAAAAAUUAUUCUGAAAAAAAUUAUUCUGACUAUAACACUUUUAAAACAAGAGAGCCGAAUUCGACAAAUGAUAUGAGCAGCCCAAAGUUGACCACCGAGUUGGUUGCACCAAAAAAUGCAACUUCCUCUCCAGAUCAACCUGUGCUAAAAUUAAUGUCAGAUAAUAAGGAAGUAAUUGAAGAAGCUGCAAAAAAAGAACAAGAACCAAAAAUUGCUGACAAAAAAAAUGAAGUAAAAAAUAAAGAAGCAGAAUCGGGAAAUAAAAAACAAGAAAGAGAAGAAACUGAAAAAGACAAGAAAGCCGAGGAGAAAAGCAUAAAAAGUGAAGAAUCAAAGGCAGCAGAUUUAGAUAUUCCAGCAAAGAGGGAAUCGAUGACUCGGGCAGCUACGGAAGAUAAUUUUUCAUCCUCACAAUCGCCACCAAGACAAAGGCCAGUGGUUAGUACUCUAAGUGAUCCACGUCAACCUUCAGCAGGUUCACCACAACGAAAUAUAGUUUCUGCUUUUCCAUAUAGUCAACUGCAACCACCUCGUCCUGGAUAUCCGUAUGGUCAACCCAGGCCCAUACCUUCUGGCUAUCCUUAUGGUUCACCGCGACGUCUACCACCUGGGCAACCACAUCGUGCGCCACGAUUUCUACCUCCUGGUCAACCACAUGACUCAUCCCGACCUCCAUUUUCUGGUUACCGUUAUGGUUCAGCGCAAACUCCACUACCUGGUCAACCAUUUGGUCCUCCACUCUCCAGUCAAGCAUAUGGUCCGUAUGGUUCACUACGAUCGACAUCUACGGAAUUUCUGUAUGGAUCGCGUCGACCUCCGCCCCCUGGUCCAUCACGAUUUUUUUCAGCCGAUCAACUCUAUGGACCUUCUAACAAUUAUCCGUUUGACAAUGCGUACAGAUCAUCACGCCCACCUUUUCCCAAUCAACCACAGGGCCCUCUCCGACUUCCACCUCCGCGUCAGUCGUACGGUUCACCACGAACGUUCCCACCAGGUCAGCCGUAUGAACGUCUUCGAGCAUCACCUGACCAACUACGUGGGGCUCCGCGUCAAAGCCCUUUUUAUCCUUCCAACUCCUCAUGA